AUGGAAGAACUUCUUCUCAGCGUUCAAGGCUGUCUGCGGUCCCCCAGCCAGAGCAACAACUCCUCUGUUCAGCGCCGAAGGCAGUAUACUACUCAUCGAGAGGACAAAAUUCUACAGCGAUGGGCCGAACACUUCAGAGGCGUCCUCAAACGUCCCUCCACCAUCUCCGACGCUGCCGUCGCCCGUCUGCCUCAAGUGGAGACCAACGCCGACCUCGACCUCCCGUCCUCUCUCCAUGAAACUAUCAGGGCCGUGCAACAGUUCUCCACCGGAAAAGCUCCGGAUCGAACGCGAUCCCUAUUGAGAUCUACAAACACAGUGGCCCCCAACUCAUGGAUCAUCUGA